AUUGUUUCCUCUCCUAGGAGAGGAGAGGCGGGAAGAUUCACUCCUCAGCUGGUCUUUUGGAACGCAUACCUAACCACAGAAGGAGCUUUAGAGAAGUUCACCGGCUGGACCCAGUCACCAAAUAUUUUGUGGUUUCAUAAUAAUCAUCAGCUCUGUUGUUACAGGAUGAUGGUCUCCAUCAUUCUCCAAGUCCUCUGCAGUUUCCUGAUCUGGCUGUCACUCUAUUAUGGCUUCAGGCACCGGAACAAACAUCGCACCCCGGAAUGGAGCUGCCGGCUGGUCACACUGGCGCACGGCUUGAUUGUCACCUUCUUCUCUGGCUACAUAGCUCUUAUUGAUGGGCCCUGGCCUUUGACUCAUACAGGCAAUGCAAAUACAACCCUCCAGGUCUGCCUGAUGUGCCUGACCCUGGGCUACUUCAUCUUUGAUCUCUGCUGGUGCAUUUACUGCGGCAGUGAAGGGGAACUGAUGCUCUGCCAUCACAUGCUGAGCGUCGGCGGCUUGACGAUCGUGCUGGUUCUUGGAGAGUCGGCCACUGAAGUCAAUGCGGUCCUCUUUGUGAGCGAGAUCACCAACCCCCUGUUGCAGGCACGCUGGUUCCUGCGGGAUAUGGGGCGCUACCCCAGCUUGGCAGGCGACGUGGUGGAUUUCCUCUUUGUGGUGCUUUUCUUGGUGCUGCGCAUCAUCGGAGGAGCGUGGAUUAUGUGCGCAAUUGUAACUUCACCCCAGACUUUCUGGAUGAUGAAGAUGGGGAUCCUGGCUAUGUACGUCGUGUCCUUGGCAUUUAUGCUUGACAUCAGCCGGUUUGCCAGAAAAAAAGUGAUGAAGAAAUACUACACAUGGAAAAAUGCAGGAGAGCUUCCGAAAAGCAAUGGACGUUUGCCAACAUGUUAACCUGGACGUCAAGGGCAACAGUGCCCAUCCUAGCAAUCAUCACAUGAAAUCCUUGGCCAUGUUCCAGGGACUGAGCAUCUUUAGGGGCACAGUUCAGAGAUGCCAUUUUGACUCCAGGUGAAUGUUCUUCUUGAAGGAGAGUAGAAAGGGUCUGAAGAAAAGGUUUGCAUAGGAGAAAAGGGUUAAACCAGAAGGGCAAUUUGCCUGCUAGACAAACAGGUGAGCAGCUGCCCACUGGACCACUAGCUCCCAGGAAAGGUUGCAAGAGGCCAGUGUGAGUGCUAAUUCGGGACAGUCGGUCCUGGUGCACAGGUACGGAGGGUCACUGCAGCACCUUCCUAGGGCAGGAAAGAGAUUCUGCUGGCAGGGCAAGGGGACGAAGUCAGGCUGCUGGCAUUCAGAUCUGGCUGAGCUAACCCAGAGACCUUGUAGUGUUUGUCCACCACAGGGCCUGAUGCUGAGCAGCUCCGUUCCCAGAGAAGGGUGCAAUCCACGGUUGCUUUUUUGGCUAGAGCCCCCGUCAGAAUAUGUGGUUACUGAUUCAAGCCCUCUGUCCCUUGUCAUGAACCCUAUGGCACCUGCAAAAACGGGGAGAGCUGCUUCAGGCAAAACUGGACGAGGAAAGGACGUUGUCCAGAUGUUGUCCAGGCCUGUAGGCUUCCUCAAGGGUGCGUGCAUCUUCCGGCCAGUCAGAACACUCUGGGCAAGAGCCUCAUCGAAGUCUUAGGAAGCUCAGGCAUCAAAAGUGCAGGACCGUUCAAGAGAAUCCUUGAAGUUUUGGGACUGCAGUCCUGGACUCUCCCAGGUCCAUCACUAGGAGGAUUGCAGUGUCUACUUUUCCAAGUCAACAGAGAGCACUUAAAGGUGAUCCUUGCCUCUGUAAACCAAUGAACCCCAUCUGCACAUCCCAGGACUCUAUGAUCUCCCAGUUCUGCUACCAAGAUCUCCCCAGAGGUUUUGCCAGGCAUUUAACCUGGGGACAAUUGUGCAUGCUCUCUACCUGGAACUACAGGCUGCCUCCCAGGAAUCCCCCCAUCUGAUAUUACAUCACCCAGUUCCAGCAUUUUCCCAUUCUUCAUCCAAUUGCACAUUUUCAAUUUGCCAGAGUUUGAAUGCAUGCAUGCAAAGGAAUGCCCCCCAUCCCAAGGGCAGCCAUUGCUUUCCUCAAGAGUCUGUCAUUCCUACAAUUCUUGUAGCUAGGGCUUUUUUUCAACUGGAAC